UGAAGCGGCUCAGCACCUGCGGCUGGCGCGGCCGCUCUCCUCCCCGGGAUGAGCGCACUUGGCCGCGCGUCCCCGCAAUCACAGCCCCGUCCAAAGCUGGCUCUGCCAAGUCGGCGGGAUGUGAGAGCCAAAGUCAAAGUUGGGCACUGAAAGCUGUCACCGCCUGCUGAAGCUGAAUAUGCUCCUGCGUUCACCUGGGACACGCUGGACGUUGACAACUACCCUCCUCUCACUCUGCCGCCAAAAAAAGGGGCUCCUAUUCAAGCUGUUGAUCCUACAGAUUUAAGAUUUGGGUCCAAAGCAAAGAUUUCCCUUCACCAAAGAAUGGAAAAUACACACAUCUGUCCAUCUCAGCUGAUGUUUUAACAUUGUUUUGCACCAGCUACAUAGCAGCCUUUGUGACAUCAGUAACAUUUUCAAGAUGGAUUACCUGAUUUCAACACCGUAGGUUUCAUUUGCAUAUUUUACACUUCUCUCUGUGUGCUUCUGCAAGCAUCUUGAUGCAUUGCCAACACAAUGGCUUAAUUUGCAAGUAGCAACAUCAUUCAAAUUAUGUUUUGACAGGUUAGACUUAAUGUGAUCAUUAGUCUAAUGGCUGUUAUGAGAAUGCCCUGAUGUCCUCCCUUGCCUCUUUUAGAGCGCUCAACUAGGUGUACGUAUUAGCUGACCUUUCCCUGCACAGGUCAGUGUCAAGUAUCAGCUCGUUCUUGGUGCUGAUGGUUCCUGUGGAGGACAAUAUGAACGCAGAACUAACUCAGAACUGCUCUAACUGCAGCCACAUUCUAGUCCCAGAGCUCAAUGUGGUCAAGGCUGUAGGUCUGGGAAUAUUUCUUGGUGUCUUCAUCAUGUUUGGAGUUGUUGGAAACAUCCUGGUCAUCCUCUCUGUGGUUUGUCAUCGCCACCUGCGAACAGUCACACAUUAUUUUAUUGUUAACCUGGCUGUGGCCGACUUGCUGCUCAGCUCCACUGUACUACCUUUCUCUGCCAUCUUUGAGAUUCUGGAUCGCUGGGUGUUUGGACGAGCCUUUUGUAAUGUUUGGGCAGCUGUGGAUGUGCUGUGCUGCACUGCCUCCAUCAUGAGCCUCUGUGUCAUCUCUGUCGACCGCUACAUUGGAGUCAGUUACCCGCUGCGAUACCCAUCUAUAAUGACAAAGCGCAGGGGACUGUUUGCUGUGGCAAUGCUGUGGGUGCUCUCCAUCAUCAUAUCUAUCGGACCUUUGUUUGGCUGGAAAGAGCCAGCGCCAGAGGACGAGUCUGUCUGCAAGAUCACAGAGGAGCCGGGAUACGCCAUCUUCUCGGCGGUGGGCUCCUUCUAUCUCCCUCUCGCCAUCAUAUUGGUCAUGUACUGUAGGGUUUACGUGGUAGCUCACAGGGAGAGCCAGGGCCUCAGAGAGGGCCACAAGACUGAAAAGUCAGACUCAGAGCAGGUGAUACUGAGGAUACAUCGUGGAAACACGACUGUUUCGGAGGACGACGCCCUUCGCACCCGCACACAUUUCGCUCUGCGGUUGCUCAAAUUCUCCCGUGAGAAGAAAGCUGCCAAGACUUUGGGGAUUGUGGUCGGCUGCUUUGUGUUGUGCUGGCUGCCCUUUUUCCUGGUGCUACCAAUCGGCUCCAUGUUCCCUGCAUACAGACCAUCGGACACUGUCUUCAAGAUUACCUUCUGGCUCGGCUACUUCAACAGCUGCAUCAACCCUAUCAUCUACCCGUGCUCUAACCAGGAGUUUAAAAAAGCUUUCCAGAGUUUGCUUGGAGUUCACUGUUUGAGAAAAACUCCCAGACUGCACCAACAUCAUGUAAGUCAAAGUCAAACACAGGGCCACAGCCUCAGUUUAAGCCUCGACAGCAAGGGGGCUCCCUGCAGGCUCAGCCCCUCCUCCUCUGUAGCUCUGUCCAGAACUCCUUCCUCCAGGAAUAGCGGGGAAUGGAAGGUCUUUUCCGGGGGACCGGGAAGACCCGGGUCAACCAAAACAAGCGGAGCUAAAGUGGCCAAACUCUGCAGUAAAAGCCUGCACCAGACCUGCUGCUGCAUCCUCGAUGCUGAGACUCCCCCACAAGAGACCCCUCCUGUCAGAGACGUUCCCACCAUUAAAAUACACCAGCUUUCCCUUUCAGAAAAGGGGGAGCCUGUAUAACCACUGUAAUCAUUCAACUAUUAGAUAUGACUCUUCUUCAAAGGUCAAAAAUUAUAAUAUACUUAAUUUUUCUCCUUUAGAACCAUGUCUGCUUUUCAGAUAUCGCUGCUUUGAUAUAAUUAUGUCACUUUGUGUUUUAUGGAUCGGAGCUCAUUAAACAUAUAUAGCUAUUUUUAAGAUAGCUUUUUUAAAUACUAUAAUGUAGAGAUAUUUGAAAUAUGGAAAAACCAAAAUAUACUAAACCCCUCACCUGAUGUGUAACAACUAAGGAAGAUAUUUCUAGAUGUUUGCUUACGUAAUGUUAAACAAAGUUGUCAUAAGUGUAUUAAAGUGUAAGAAGGUUGACUCUAAGAUCUCAGAAGAUAUUUAAAAAUACUGAUGCUCUUGUUGUCCCGCUGUUCCAUUUGUGUUCAUGUUGGGUACUGAUCUGUACACAGUGAAAACCGAGGGACCUCGCUUACUUUGUGUCAUUUACAAUAAAUCCUUUGGACA